UAGUUUCUUCCUACCAGCUAAGACUUCAUCUACACCUGUCUGCUCAGAUGCGUUGUGAAGAGUAGAUUGGGGAAGAGGCAAGGAGAAGUGUAGCAAAUGAAGCACAGGGAAGUGAAGUGAAGUGAAGGGCCCCCUCCACAGAUAACACCACUGUGAUAGACCAAGCCAUGUGGCUCUACCUGGUCUGCCUUAUUGGCCUUUACUAUCUCUUUCGCUGGCACCGGGAGAGGCAGGUGGUGAGUAACCUUGGAGACAAAUAUGUCUUUAUCACCGGUUGUGACUCUGGAUUUGGGAAUUUACUGGCCAAGCAACUGGACUUUCGAGGCAUGAGGGUGCUUGCAGCCUGUCUGACAGAGAAAGGGGCUGAGCAGCUGAGGCAUGGGACUUCGGACAGGGUGGAGACAGUGAUCCUGGAUGUAACCAAAACUGAGAGCAUCACCGCAGCUGCCCGGUGGGUGAAGGAGCAUGUGGGAAAUAAAGGACUCUGGGGCCUCGUCAACAAUGCAGGAGUUAUCUAUCCAGAUGUUUGCACUGAGUUGAUGGACAAGCAGGACCUCAUAAAGACACUGGACGUAAACCUGAUUGGAUUAAUUGAGGUGACGCUAAACAUGCUGCCAAUGUUGAAACAAGAUAGGGGAAGGAUUGUCAAUGUCUCUAGCAUCAUGGGGAGAAUUGCUUUCUAUUCAGUGCCCUACUGUUGUUCCAAGUAUGGAGUGGAAGCUUUUUCAGAUUGUCUGAGGCUUGAAAUGAAACAUUUUGGGGUGAAAAUCUCCAUGAUUGAGCCUGGCUAUUUCAGAACAAACAUGACCAACAGCCAGAGGGUCCAGGAGAGAUACAGAAAUUCUUGGAAUAAAAGUCCAGCGGAGAUUAAAGAAAGCUAUGGACAAGAAUUCUUUGAGAAAU